UUGCCCGUACAGUAUAGAGCUGUUUAUACAACGGAGAGACUCGAUCCGACACGAUUCAUCACGAGUCGAUCAGAGAGACCCGACUGAAGCCGAGUGGAGCCGAGCUUUACCGAGUGAGGGUUACAGUCAUGGAGGAGCAGAUAGCGAGGCUCAGUAAGGAGGGGAUCCUGAAAAGGGUGAUCAGCGGCGGCAAGGGAGAGCUGUCGGCCUUCCUCGACGGAACCAAGGUGGUGUUUCACUAUCGCACAGCCCUCUCCUCCGAUGGGACGGUGCUGGAUGACUCUCGGUCCAUGGGGGGGCGCUGCAAGCCCAUGGAGCUCAUCCUGGGCAAGAAGUUCAAGCUGGCUGUGUGGGAGACGAUCAUCAGCACGAUGAGGGAGGGCGAGAUCGCCGAGUUCGCCUGUGACACCAAGUUUAAGGUUCUGCCCCCAGGCUCAUACAGACAGGACGCCUGGGCAAUGUCUGAUGAGGAGAAGUUGGCUGCUGUUCCUAUUAUACAUGAGGAAGGGAAUGAACUUUUCCGCCAGGGCCAGAUCACAGCUGCUGUAGAGAAAUACCACAAUGCCAUCGCCUGCCUGAAGAACCUGCAGAUGAAGGUUAUCAUGAUGUAAUUAACAGAUCUGUGAAGAGAAAACCCCUCACCCAGAGCUGCUUCAUACAGAGCCUUCUGAUGAAAAACCCCUUCUCUCAGAGCCCCCUCACUCAGACUCCCCUGACACAGACUCCCCUGACACAGACCCCCUGACACAGACCCCCUCACACGGAGCCCCCUGACUCAGAGCCCCCUGACACGGAGCAUGUUUGUCUAAUUCCAGAAUAUUUGUCACAGUGCAGUACAAAGCCUCUGUCUCUAUUUCUCCCUGCUGGCAGUGGGAGCACAGCCUGCCUGUGUCGCCCAGUUUCUAUGUCCAGGCCGUGGUCACUGAGCCUGUACUUCGUCAGCCUCUGUUUCUCCUUGCUGUUAAUUCUCCUGGUCAGAUGUUAAGAUAGUGUGUGUUGUGUGUUUGGUGUUCUGUAGCAUCCCAGUUGGUGUCGUGUUUGUGUGUGUCCCAGUGGGUGAAGUAGUGUUUGUGUUGUGAUUUGUCGCUGUGCUGUCCUGCGGCUGGCUGGUGGCAGUGAGCCUCAGGACCAGCUGCCUCUGAGGGCUCUUCGUUGGGAUCAGCUCUUGACUCAGCGGGACUCUUGCGGUGAUAGGAAUUCUGGUCACUAUUUUUCAGGUGUAACCAGUAUUUGAAUACUCUCUUCUGCAUGUUUCUUAGAAAUGUUUAUUGGCUUCAUUCGGCCCUGUACGGGCUGUUUGAGGUUUGUCUCUGCACAUGGAGGAUGUUUCUACAUUUGUCUCAUUUAGUGUAACCCAGCUCUACAAGCAGACCAUCACUUCACUGCCGUAUAGGGCAAUGGGUUUGAUCACACUUUCAAAUAAUCACAACCAAAUUUGAAUGGGGGUGGUUGAUGUUGUAGAGCCUACUUCUAGUGGCAUAGAUGGCCAGUGU